CCCUUGAAUGCCCAGACAUCACCUGCAAGGGAUCCUCUCUUUUCUUCACUAGAACCGCACCCACUUAACCGAAGCUCAUCUUCGAGAGCUAAAUUUCGAGCAACACUGCCCAACCCGCGGCAAUCUUCAGUUUCUCCGCAAUCUUCAGUUUCUCCUUCGAUUUCCAGAUCAGAGGGCACUCCAUCAAGCGAUAGGGCCCAUUCAAUUGAGCCAACCGAGACUGCAAAAACAACCACCGACUCGACAGGGUUCGUAGUCUCGAGAGCUACAGGUCGCAUUUUUAACUUGUCUCAACGAGGUGUAGCUGUUACGACUUCUGGAGUGAAGAGAGCGAGGGCGGCGAAGAAACCGAAGAAGCCGAGGAAGAAGGUUCAAUCAGCCCAGGACGCCGCCAGACGCUACAUUCUUUUCUGAACCCGCCAGUCACAAGCACAUCACAUUCCACGACACCAACCAUGGCAUCGUCUCUCAGCGCCCGAGGCCUAACCUCGCAGCUAUUUCCCCGACCAUCCACAGCGUUUCUCACCACCACAUCCCCGAGGUUCACCGCCGCACCAGCGCUCAUAGCACCAUCAGUUUCGCAAUGUCUCAACUCCCGAACCUCCUUCUCCACCUCCGCCCCCCAGUCGGCCAAGGGCGCCCCGGGCGGCAAGAGCAGGCGCAAAGGCGAGGCGCCGCGCGACCCCAAGAUCGUCAACAUGCUGAAGCAGUUCGCCCUCCUGUCCCCGAGGCGGAUCCCCCCUCCCCUGCGCAUGGCCCGCAACCGCCACCUCCGCCACUGGACCAUCCACCGCGCGUGGCUGCUCUUCCGCCGCAAGGAGCGCGAGCGCCGCGAAGGCGAGCUGAUGCGCCAGUACCAGGGCAUGUACGCCGCCUGCGAGGAGCUCCGCCUGACCGACGGGCCGGGCUCGCGGGAGCAGGGCUACCUGUACAGGGUGGCCAUGGAGAAGAAGGGCGUGUAUGGGCACAAUGGUUUCCCGAUCGAGUAUACUCGGCCGCAGACAGAGAGUCCGGCAAGGGAGCCGUGGAACCAUGACUGGAAGAGAUAGAGCUGAGAGGGUCAUUUUUCCUUGUUUUUAUUUGCUAUGUUUCCGGGGUCAACCGAGCAGAUAAAUUGCAUCAGGGGAUUAGAUUAGAGCGACGGGACUGUAUAACUUGGCCGACAUGUAUCUCCCUCACAAGCUUCUAUUUCGUCAGUGUCAUUUCAACAACCCUUUUUAAGCCUGCAACAGACUUGAAUCGCUCGACUCGCCAUGUUUACAAAGCCCCAGCGUUAACAUUCCUCUCUCCUGGGGCCCAUCCCAAAUUUUGCAUCUUCCCAGAGAGCAUUACCAGGAAAAGAAUGCCAAAAAAAAAA